GGGAAGGUGGGCGGGAGGUGUGGCCGAGAGGGCAAAUCUGGUCGUGGGGGAGAGGCUGCAGGUACCCCGCAGGGCGGGCAUGAUGGGGUGGAAGCGUUAGGAAUCGCACUGGAAGGAGUCUGAAAUUGUGCUGAGGGCUCCGGAGGACACCGAGUGCCACCCCUUGAGGGAUUAUGUCACUCUUAGUGUCUCCCGGUACCACCCACUGAGGGGCUGUGUCACCCUCGGUGCCAACCCAGUGCCAUCUCCACACCUCGAUCCAAAUGAAUGUUACAGAGUCGUGGAAUAAUGGAGUUACUGCAGGGAUAAUGUAACGGUGUCACUAUAGGAAUAAUAGGCAUACCGUAUGGACACCAUGGUUACUGCAGGGACAAUGGGGGACAGACUUACACAAGGACAAAGGGACAUAUGGACACAGAAAUACAGGGACAUGAGCACAGGAGCUUUGCUGAGGGGCUUUAUUGGUGUUUAUUGUGGGAAAAUGGGCUAUGUCCUCUAGAGGAUCUGGUGGGGACAUCUAGGGAUGGUCAAAUUUUCAUGCAACAGAGAGGGGACAGCACAGGGGUCACACCUAUGUGCCAUUCUGAAAGACAAAGUACAGGAGGUGACUUUACGGAGUCUCUAUGGCACCAGAACCUUUGGGCCUUCAUGGAGACUUUAUGGUACUGUGGUACCCUAUGUACCAUAGGGUGAUGUGAUGUUCACCUGCACCACGUAGAGACAGUGCUAUCCUUGGAUCAUGGAUGAUUCCCUCUGUGCCUCCCAACCCAGAGCUCUUUGAGGUCCCCCUGAAGCCCAGGACUCUUUUGGGGUCAGGGGACCACCACCGUCUCUCACCUAGGUAAGAAGACCCACGACCGUGGGUUGCAGGUAGAGGGAGAAAUGGGGAGACUUCAGUGGGCACCAGGAUGUGCUCAGAGCCCACAGAGGGUUCAGAGUUCCCCAAAUUGGCUGUACCCUGAGGGCAUCCCAGAACUCACUCCUGCAUCAAAAGCUUCACUUGCUCUCACCUCAAAAUUGUCCAGGAGCUGGGGAAGGAGGAUGAAGGACAGAUUGGGUUGGAAUUCAUGGAAAAUUGUAUCCCCGUGGGCAUCCCCAUUGACCUCCACCCCCAUAUGGCCCUCCCCUGGACUGAGGGAAAAUCCCUGCUCGUCUUCAUAGACUCAAUUGCUCCUAGUUGUCAUCUGGAAUCUUUGGAAUGCAGGGACCUGGAGGGGAGGUGGAGACCAGGAGGUGGGGACCCAAAGAAGAAACCGAGGGGACCCAAGAACAAGAAACUGAGAGGAUCCAAGGGGAGGAGACAGUGGAGAUCCAAAGAGAACAAAACAAUGUAACCCAAAGAGAAGAACCCUAGGAGACCCAGAAAAAGGGAAUAAGAAGGACCCAAGGAGGGGGAACAGAGGGCACCCAAAGAGAAAGGACUCAAGGAGAAGGAACCAAGAGGACCCAAAGAGAGGGAACCAAGGGAACAGAGAGAACCCAAAGAAAGGGAAUUGAGGGCACCAAAGGAGGAGGAGGUCCCCAGCCAGCCAUUGUCACUGAGCCCUUAUCCCCACACUUGAGCAUGUACAUGGAGGCACAUGCAGGAGCAGCGUGAGGUGGAGCAUGGCUACCUUCUUCCUCCAUAGGAGCUGAGUGAGGCUGCAGGAGGCUAGGGCUGCAUUUAUCCUCCCAGGGCUCCUCCCAGCUCCCCAAAUGCCCCUGGGCUUUGCAGAGCCCCCCUGGCAUGGGCUGAACCCAGCAUGCAGCCAGCCCCCGCCCCUGAGUAUGGGAAGGAGCCAAGGUUGAGGGAACAGGCACUGAGCACUGGGAUCCUGAUGGCACCCAGACUCAAAGCCACCAUGUCCCAGUGCCUGACAUCCCCUGGCUGCACGGAUAUAGGGAAAAAGGGGCAUCAUGGAGAUGCAGGGACAUCAUGGAAACCAUGGGAACAUAAAGCUGACAUGAGGGCAUCAUGGGGACAUCAUGGAGAUACGACACACAUGAACAGGUUGGUGACAGGGACCUGGAGUUGCAGGGAUGGGCCACUGUGUUACUGGAAGGCAGUGGUCAGGCUGUGUCCCCUCAGUGCCCUUAUCCCCACACAGGAGUUCAGGAGUGAAUAACAAACCUUGGCUAUGGCAGCUAGGCUUCCUUGUUGUUUAUUUCUGCAAAACCAAAAGACCCCAACUUUUAGAAUAAUGAAAUCUCCAAUUAAUGGGGUCAUGGAAUCACAGAAGCAACAACUCAUGGAAUCAUAGAACCACGGAAUCACUUAAUCAUAAAACCGUAGAAUCACGAAUCAUUUGGGUGGGACAAGAUUCCUAAGGUUUCAUCAGGAGAUACAUCACAUAUUCUCUUUUUUAAUAGCUGACAGUCAGAAAUCACCAUGUCAUAUCCAGAAGUCUGUAUCACAUAUCUGCAGUGGAAAUAGUGACGCCUCUGUCUGUCAUUAGGACACACAGGCUGGGAAUCAAAGGCUGGGAGUGAAAAGGUUAAGUUUUGAAGUCAUUGGACCAUGUGCCUGACUUUCAGCAGAACAAAGGUGUCCUACUGGUUUUGUUCCCAUUAUGACACAGCUUCCUGUCAUAGCUUCAAAUAAAGUGAGCCUUAUUUUAUCCAGAUGAAAAGAGAGGAAUAAUGAAACACUGAUUAAUAACUUAAAACUGUAAAUGACUCGAUGAUUCUUCAAGGAAACCUGAUAUACCAAUUUUAAGUGUUACACCUGACAGAACGUGUAUCCGCUCACAGCUUGACUGGACAUUUACCAUAAGUAAAAGAGCUGUUGUGGGUCAUUUGUGAAAAGAUCACUUGAAUGUUUGCUUUGAGAACUGUCCAGGGAGCAGCCAGGUGGAAGAGUUUCCUUUGGGCUGCCUCUGAUCUGUGUGUCUGUACAGUCAACAAAUGUACAGUUGGAAGAGUAGUGCGGUUAGGAUGGUACUUUGCAGGUGUUAUAGUAGGAAAGAUUGUCGUGGUAGAAAAGAGAGAAUCAAAGAAGAAAUGCUUACUCGUAUCCAAGGAUCUAGACUCACAGUGGAAAACUCCAAAAGGGAGAGAUCUCCAGAAAGAGAUCCUUCCUCAGCCCUUAAAUGGGGUCUAGGAGCCACUUCCGGUCACACAGCUGAACUGCCUUCACCUGUGCUCUCAGGGCUGACCCAGUCCUUAUCUCAGGUGAUCAAUCAGUGGUUCAGGCCAUGACUCAACAGUUUCCAUACAGUGUAAUUUGGCAGAAAGCUUAUCAGAGCUGCAUUAUUCACCGUAUUUAAAUACAUGACUUUAUUCAUAUUCCAGAAUUAUGAAUUGUGUUGGCAUAAUUGGUCUAGGUGAGGUGAAAACUGUCUCUGAGAGAAACUCAAAGCAGGUGGAUGAUGCUUGACAGCAACUUCAGAUUAAAGGUGCUCCUCAGAAAAAUCCCCAUUUGCUGGUUUAAUGGUGUCUAAAAAGAAAUACUCAAGUUUUUAUAGCAGUGACAUGUUGAAAAAGUAAAACAUCAUGAGGUCCAAGGUUCUCAGGCUGCUCAGUCAGCAGCUCCCCUACAGAGAUCUUCCCUUUAUGGAGUCAUGGAAUCAUUUAAGUUGGAAAAGACCUUUAAGGCCACCAAGUCCAACUAUUAAUCCAGCACUGCCAUCUCUAUUACUAAACCCUAUCUGUGGCUUAUCACCUCUAUCUGUGACAUAACACCUACUUUUUGUGGCACAUCACCCUGCUGGGCCCUGAGCUUGUGUUGCUGGGGAACAGUUGCAGGGACUUUUGUAGCACUGUAUCUCCUUCAUUGGGCUUGAUGACCUUUGAGGUCUUUUCCAAUCUAAUUGAAUCUGAGAUUCUAUGACAUUAGGAUUCUAAGAUUCUAGGAUUCCCUGAUACUAGUUUUCUAGGAUUACAAGUUUCUACAUGUUUAGGACUGUAAGGUUCUAGGCUUCUCAAGUUGUAGGAUUCUGAGGCAGUGCCUGGACACCGAAGGGACACUGCAUGAGGACAUUUCUUCUACUUGACAUUUUACAGAACUCCUACAAUUAUUUUUUUUUUUUUAACAGUCUAUAACUUAAACUUGAGCCUGGAAAGCGAUGUUAAAAUGAGAAAGAUGUCUUGAUGUGUUCAUGUUUAAUUGACUACAAUGAGCAAAAACAUGAAAACCCUACUGGAUUGAUUUGGAAGCACAGACCUGGAUGAUGGGAAGAUUUCCAAAGGCAUUUUUCCAGCAUUCUGGGGGACUUCUGGCCUCAGACUGUACGCAUUGUGGUGCUGAGAGGCUGUCCUACAACACUGACAGCAGUGGCUCCAUCCCCAGUUACCCUGGUUGUGACAGAGAAGAGUAUGGAAGCCCUAUCCCUGCCCAAAUCCCAUCACAGCACACGGUGGGGUCUCUGUCCCUCUCCACGUCCCUUCACACCCCAGGAUGGAGUCCUUGCUCCUAUCCUUGUUCCUGCGAUCUCUCGUAGCCCACGAAGGGGUUUCUGUCCCUGUCUUUGUCUCCACGUUCCUUCGCACUCUAUGGUGGGGCCCCUUUUCACACCCCUGACCCCAUGACCCUCCAUACCCCGUCCCGCCGCCGUUCCCCUCCCGCCCUCCCGGUACAGCCGCACCGCCGCCAUUUUCCCCGUCGAACAGUGGCUCCAUGGCGGCGGCAGCCCCAGGUGGUCGAGGGCCGCAGCGGCCGAGGGCGCCGGGUCGCAGCCCGUCCCCGGACGGCUACCCGAGCUCCAAACCUCUCGGCCGGGACAGCUUCACUUCUCGGCGCCAGGAGGGCCUCCCUCGGCGGGAGCUCCCCGGACAGCGUCAGGGUGAGGGAAGCGCGCGGUCCCACCUCGGCGCGGGGCUACGGGGAUGGAGAUGGGGUUGGGGACAGACCCUCGGCUAGGGCCGUGCCGAGCGCCCCCCGUCGCUUCCCGUCCGCAGAGCCGUCCCGCACCAGCGAGGAUGAGGAAAGCGAGGAAGAGAGAGAAGACCUGGCUGAGAGUUCGCUGCUCAACAAGCUGCUCCAUACCUCGCUGGUAGAGAACAGCCACCACGUGGAGGUGUUGCAGCAGGACCCCUCCUCCCCACUCUUCUCCAUCAGAACCUUUGAGGAGCUGCACCUACCCCAAAAUCUGAUUGCACAGAGCCAGUCCGGGACAGGGAAAACAGCAGCAUUUGUCCUGGCAAUGCUGAGCAGAGUGAAAGGUGCUGAGAGGUACCCGCAGUGCCUUUGUCUGGCUCCUACCUAUGAGCUGGCCCUGCAGAUUGGCCAUGUGGCAGAGAAGAUGGGGCGGUUCUGCAAUGACAUCAGGGUCACCUACGCUGUGCAGGGCAACAGAGUGUCCCCAGGCACUGUGCUGGAGGAGCAGAUUGUCAUCGGCACACCGGGCACCAUGCUGGACUGGUGCUUCAAGCGGAGACUGCUCAACAUGAGGAGGAUCUGCAUGUUUGUGCUGGACGAGGCUGACGUCAUGAUUGACACGCAGGGAUUCUCCUCCCAGAGUAUCCGCAUCCAGAGGGCUCUCCCCAAGGACUGCCAGAUGCUGCUUUUCUCCGCCACCUUCAAGGAAACUCUCUGGAAAUUUGCCCUGCAGAUUGUCUCCAGGCCCAUCAUCAUCAAGCUGCGACAGGAGGAGCUCACUCUGACCAACAUUAGGCAGUACUAUUUUGUCUGCAGGAACUGGGAGCAGAAGUACGAGGCCCUCUGCAACCUUUAUGGCAGCAUCACCAUUGGCCAGGCCAUGAUCUUCUGCCAGACCCGCCGGAGUGCAGACUGGCUCUCAGUGAAGAUGAUUCAGGACGGGCACCAAGUGGCCAUGCUGACAGCAGAGCUGUCCAUCGUGCAGAGAGCUGACGUCAUCCAGAGGUUUCGUGACGGCAAGGAGAAGGUUCUCAUCACCACCAAUGUCUGUGCAAGAGGGAUUGAUGUGGCCCAAGUCACAAUUGUGGUGAACUUCGGCCUUCCCAUCAACCGUCAGAAGCAGCCAGAUUUUGAGACCUACUUGCACCGCAUCGGGCGGACAGGGCGCUUCGGGAAGAGGGGCAUCGCCUUCAAUAUGGUGGACAGCCACAGCGCGCACCUUGUGCGCUGCAUAGAGGAGCAUUUCCAGACGAAGAUCAAGAGGCUGGACCCAGAUUGCAUGGACAAGCUCGAGGAGCUGGAAAACUGAGCAAAAAACAUGGCUUAGCUCCAAAGAACUCACAUUUUGGUUUAAAAUGUAUGGGAAAUCCAGGAGAAAAUCUCCCAGUUUUCUAGCUUCCUGGAGGUACUUGGUUUUGUUGUGACAUUUUAGAAAGAGAGCAGGGGAAAAACCCUCAGCCUAAAAAAGUUAUUCUGAUUGGUUUCCUUGGUGUUCUGGGGGAAUGUACCUUGUUUUGUGGAAAUGCUCCUUGGUUUUGGGGCAGCAUUUGCCUGUUUUGGGUACUGUUGCUCUGUUUGGGAUACUAUUGCCCUGUUCUGGGCUCUUUUCCUUGUUUUGAGGCAGUGGUUUAUAGUUCUGGGGCACUGUUUGUUGUCUGAGGGUACUAUUCCUUGUUUUGUUUUUUUUUUUUAUUUGUCUCUAAAAGAAAUAAGUUUAAAGCAGACAAGUCCCAGUUCAACCAUCUUGGUGUCUGAGGUUUCUGCGGAAACUAGUCUUGAAGAUAGCAAGCACUGUUCUGUAACAUGUUAGUUUAAGGGGGUGUGAAGAGGAGUUGGAAGCUCUGGGGAGCAAAAAAACGGUUCAUUAAAAAUAAUAAACAACAAACAUAAAUAAUGCUA